UUUCCAGAUGAGCUGUUUUUGUUGGGGUUGAAGUCACUGAAUGGGCGUGGUGCAGACGAGUACUGCAUCGAGGUUUGCAUUGGGCUUAAGGGUAUCGUGUUUAGCUGUGCCGGCUGAGAGUAGAGACCCCUAAGAGACAAGCAAAAGACCGGGAUAACCAGUGGAAAACCAACAAGAUGACGAAUCUGACGAGUAGGCUCUUCUUGGGUUUACCCCUCCUCCUGCUUCUCUCGACAACCGGAACUCUGGCUCUGUCUACCUUCCAUCAAGAUGUCGCCUUCUCGUACAUCGACACAGAGGACAUCACUCAGUUCCCCCGAAACACGUAUGACGAGCCCCCUCUACUAGAUCGACUUGGCACCGGACCUGUCUUUGUUGCUCCGUUCCCUGGAACUUAUGUCUUCUCCUUCCACGCACCGGGUACCGGGAAAAACUUCUCGGGUCCACCAUCCCGCAUCAACUACCAAUUCAGCUGGUCUCCUGGUGGUGUUAACCCCCAGUCCGUCUUGCGACUGACUGGAGAUGGCCCUGUAGCCGGUCACGCUCUGCUGGACUUAGAGUCCGAUGAUCGCGUUAUGAUUGAGAUACUGAGCGGAUCUGCCACGCCCAUUGUAAAUACCACAACCCCUGUGAUAUUUAAUGGCUUCCUGCUGUACCAUCGGUGUCUGUGUUCGCCACUCGUGCUCCGUCAGUCGGCCUUUUCCGCAUCACGAAAGAGCACGGGACUCGGCCCCGGCACACUUUUCAUUGACUACUUUGAAAUGGAUCUUGGCCGCGAGGACGAGUUCGACACCGCAAAUGGCAUCUUCACGGCCAGCCUUCCAGGCAUUUACGUCUUCAUGUACUCCUUCCCAAACCAAGGAGUGGGCAGACCGGGCUCAGUCACCGUGAGCUUGACCGUCAACGAUGCCGUCAAAAGCAGCGUGACAUCGGUUAGCUCAGCCGCUGCUAUCGUGGAGUACGCCGGUACCACGGUCGUACUUGACCUGGUGGUAGGAGACAGGGUUAGACUUGAGAAAAGAGGCGGACAGCUAGACAUACCAGAGGUCUAUGUUGGUGGGACGCUUGAAUACGUUUCACCGAUAUUGUUUUCAGGGUUCCUAUUGUAAGCUGUUCACACGCCACCCAUACGGCUAAUACGCAUUAUUAAUAAUCAUUACGAUUCUUUGGUGUCGUUACUAAAGGGUCAUGCAGUGAAAUUUUCUUUGGAACACAUUUUGUGACAUUCUACUCCUCUUAUAUGAAACUACUUGACAUCCCUUUUGGUUGAUUAAAAGUGCACUUCUUUAAACUUAAAAAAACCUGAAAAUAUGAUUUACCUGACAACUGAGGGCGAAGUUGCUGUGAUGUCAUUUCAGGAAGACACUGAUAAGUUCAGGGAUUUUCUUGUCAAAUUGUGAUCAAAAAAUUUGCUUAUUGAAAAUAUAUGUAAGAGAAGGUAGCUCAUUGGUUUAAAGCUAUGUACUCGCACAACAAAGUGACCAAAGAAAAGAACAUUACGACAGCAAAAAUAUCCCAAACUCGCAACGUUUUUGUGCUGAAAUAGCUGUAACAUUGAGAAUUCUGCCCGGAAUGACUUCAUUGUUUUGCGCAUGAAUAUGGAAAUUUGUAUCAGCAUACAAAUCAAAAAGGCACCAAAAUACCCUUUAAAAUGUCAAAACGAAACUUGGAAAUAAGGUUAGGCCAAAAAAAAAAAGGUCUCCGGUUUCUGGUAUGGAGCUUGCCCAAAAAGUGGUGCAGCGACGCUGCUUUUGUUUGUUUGGAUUUUUUAACGUUUUUUUUUCUUCAAAU